AUGGGUAAAGAAUUGGGUCCUGGCGUCGGCUUUGAGUUUCCCUCGUAUGAGGUGAAAUGGCUCAAGCGCGACCUGCUGCUUUUUGCGAACAGCAUUGGCGCUACCUACCCAGAUGAGCUACACUUUCUCUACGAGCUCCAUCCCUCGUUUGCCGCCUUUCCGACUUAUCCUAUCAUCCUCCCUUUCAAGCACACGGACCAAGAAGUCAUUGACUUUUACGCGCGCAGCAAUGCAGAGCCUAUUGAAGGUGUUCCCAAGUUCGACACCAAGCACAUUCUCGAUGGCGAGCGCAAGAUCCAAGUCCUCAAACCACUUCCUGUAACAAGCGAUGGACGCAAGUUUGAGAUCAGGAGCAAGGUACUCGGUGUUUAUGACAAGGGCAAGGCUACCGUCGUGGAGACGGAACAACGCCUUGUUGAUGCUGAGAGUGGAGAGACCUACACCAGAGCUGUAGGCAGUGGCUUCUACGUUGGCCAGGGCGGUUGGGGUGGACCGAAGGGACCCAAACAGCCCAACUACCCUCCACCCUCGCGUAACCCCGACCACACCCAUGUCCAUCAAACCACAAUGGAGACAGCACACCUGUACCGUCUGAAUGGCGACUACAACCCUCUCCACGCCGACCCUGAGCCAGGCAAGAAGAUGGGCUUCGGUGGCCCCAUCAUUCACGGUCUGUUUUCCUGGAACAUGUCUGCACAUGCCAUCUUGAAAGCAUUUGGUGGCUCGAAACCUGAAAACUUGAAGGAGUUCCAGGCGAGAUUUGCGGCACCUGUCAAGCCAGGAGACAAGCUGAUUACGGACAUGUGGAGAACUGGCGAUAUAAAUGCUGACGGGUUGGAGGAGAUUAGGUUCAUCGUAAAGGUCGAGGGAGGUAAGACUGUUCUCACCAAUGGACGCGCGCUGGUCAAGUGCGAGGGUCAAGGCAAGGCGAAAUUGUAG